AUGGCGAAUGUUUCGGUUAUAUCUGGGCAAAUCGCCGGUAUUCCUAAUCUGCACGAAUUCGAUACUCCUCAAGUUAUAACUGAAUUGGCGAAUCACUGGGAUCAACAAAGAUAUGUAACUGGAUACGAAGUCCUCAAGUAUAGAAUUGCUCCAACUUGCAAUAACGUUCAUAAUAUCUAUAACCAUACAACUAUUGAUCAAAUAGCUAAAUAUAUUUGGAUACACUUUACACCACCUACAAAACGUGAUGUUUAUACUAAUGUCGCGUUUCGUACAAACGAACGUAAAUUUGGUCCAUCGAUUGACAAACGUCCGAUGAGGGAUCCUGGUAUUGGACAACCCGCUCCACAUACCGAUUUUUCAGAUCAGCUCUUUAAUGGGUCUGAUCACAUAGAAACAAAACCGAAAUCACCUUUCAAUAUGGGGUGA